UAAUUCCGCAGGGACAUCGUCGUCGCAUUGCCGAGAUGAAGGACCACGAAGCUGCGCCUCCGUGUCAGAGGAAACCGACGAAACUUCGAAAUCUCAUAUACAAAACAGAAGCAUUCGAUUCUCUUCACAGCAAUAAUGCCGAGAGAACGCAUUGCUCCAGUGAAGUCUGUUUGGGCAGCAUAAUGUCCUUGCCUAAUCACAGCACAGAGCCACGUUCAAAAGAAGAAAUUCUAGUACAUGCUAAAGAUUUUCUCGAUCAAUACUUUGCAUCCAUUAGACGAUCGAAGAGUGAUGCGCACCGGUCACGUUGGGAAAGCAUACAGCGAGAAGUCUUGGGUACAAGUACGUACCAACUCACCGAAACAGAGUUGGUAUAUGGAGCAAAAUUGGCCUGGCGAAAUGCAGCUCGUUGCAUCGGGCGAAUUCAGUGGUCAAAAUUGCAGGUUUUUGACUGUCGAUACGUGACAACGACUAGUGGCAUGUUUGAGGCACUCUGCAACCACAUCAAGUACAGUACAAACAAGGGAAAUAUCAGAUCAGCAAUCACCAUUUUUCCACAACGAACCGAUGGCAAGCAUGAUUACAAAGUCUGGAAUCAACAGCUCAUUAGCUACGCUGGCUAUAAAAAUGCUGAUGGUACAAUCACGGGAGAUCCAGUAAACGUAGAAUUUACAGAGCUGUGUAUGAAGCUUGGCUGGAGAGGUUCUGGAACAAGAUUUGACAUAUUGCCACUAGUAUUAUCAGCAAAUGGACACGAUCCUGACUACUUUGACAUUCCGACCGAACUUGUGCUCGAAGUUUCUCUCAGCCAUCCGACAUACGAGUGGUUCGAAAAACUAAAUCUCAAGUGGUUUGCAGUACCGGCUGUUUCUGGUAUGAUAUUCGAUUGCGGUGGACUGGAAUUCACUGCUGCGCCAUUCAACGGCUGGUACAUGAGCACGGAAAUUGGCUCUCGAGAUCUCUGCGACAUUCAGCGUUACAAUAUGUUGGAGACUAUUGCGACUCAUAUGGGCCUGGACACCAGAACAGCGAGUUCACUGUGGAAAGACAAAGCUAUGAUAGAGGCAAAUGUCGCGGUGCUUCACAGUUUUCAGAUGAAAAAUGUAACGAUUGUUGAUCAUCAUACUGCCUCUGAAUCGUUCAUGAAACAUUAUGAAAAUGAAAUGCGUCUACGCAAUGGUUGUCCAGCAGAUUGGCUAUGGAUCGUUCCGCCUAUUUCUGGCUCUGCUACUCCUGUUUUUCACCAAGAAAUGGCAUUAUACUAUCUCAAACCAUCGUACGAUUAUCAGGACCCUGCCUGGAAAACUCAUCAGUGGAAGAAAGGACGAGAUAAGAAAUCGUUUUCAAAGAAACCGAGGAGAAAGUUUCAUUUCAAGCAAAUAGCUAGAGCCGUAAAAUUCACGUCAAAAUUAUUCGGACGAGCAUUAUCCCGUCGAAUUAAAGCCACGGUACUUUUUGCUACGGAAACUAAAACAUCAGAAAUGUAUGCGGUAAAACUUGGGGAGCUUCUUGGGCAUGCAUUUCAUUCGCAGGUUCAUUGCAUGGCAGAUUAUGACAUCAGCAAUAUUGAACACGAAGCGUUAUUGCUGGUCAUUACAUCUACUUUCGGAAAUGGUGAUCCACCUGAAAAUGGAGAAGCAUUUGCUCAAAACUUGUAUGCGAUGAAGAUGAACGAAACCUACUCAAACAAUGAAAAUAAGAUCAGCUUGGCCACUUCCAAGUCAUUUAUAAAAGCAAAUAGCCAGACAGAACUAGGAAGUUCCAAGAAAUUAGACCGGUUGGAUUCUCUUCGUGGCUCCUUCACCGAAUCUCAAGCCGAGGAUACUUUCGGGCCAUUAAGCAAUGUCAGGUUUGCAGUUUUUGCAUUGGGAUCUUCGGCAUAUCCAAACUUUUGCGCCUUCGGACGUUACGUGGACAAUCUGCUUGGUGAACUUGGGGGCGAACGUCUGCUGCGCUUGGCACAAGGAGACGAGAUGUGUGGACAGGAACAGGCUUUCAGGAAAUGGGCCGCAGAUACUUUUACAGUCGCCUGUGAAACAUUUUGCUUGGAUGACGAUGAAACUUUGUUAGAAGUUGCCCUGUCAUUGGGCUCGGACGUUUUAUCACCAGCUGCGGUUCGCUUUGUUGAAGCUGAUCCAGAGCCAAUUGCUACAGCAUUGAAGAAGUGCCAUUCGAGAAACGUCAUGUCGUGCAACAUGUUGCGAAAAACUAAUUUAAACGGCAGUAACUCUAGCGGCGUUACAUUAUUGCUUGAACUUGAUGAAAUCGCUGGAAUGGAAUUGAAAUACAAGCCUGGGGAUCACUUGGGUGUUUUUGCAUGCAACAGAGCUCAACUUGUUGAUAGUAUUAUAGAGCGUCUUCAGACCAACAUAGAUCCGGACAUAUCGAUUGAAUUGCAAAUGCAGAAGCAGUCUCACACUCCAAACGGUAUUGUGAAAACUUGGAUGCCACAUGAGCGUUAUCUACCAAACUCAUUACGAAUGCUACUAACAAGAUUUUUGGACAUAACUACCCCACCAACUCCAAAUCUUCUGCGAUAUUUUGCAUCAAUAGCAACAAACCAGGAAGAACAAGCGCAGCUUACUGAACUAGCAACUAAUUCAACGGCAUACGAGGAUUGGCGUCACUGGAAAUUCCCAAAUCUUUUAGAAGUUCUCCAAGAGUUUCCGUCUGUUAGACCACUCGCAUCGCUUUUGAUUCUUCAGCUAACGCCUUUGCAGCCCAGAUUUUACAGUAUUUCAUCAUCACCUAACGUCCAUCAGGGACAAAUACAUCUUACAGUUGCCGUUGUUCAGUACAAGACCGAAGAUGGUACAGGUCCAAUGCAUUAUGGAGUUUGCUCAAAUUAUCUCAAUCAGUUGGCGGAUGGCGAAUCACUUUACGUUUUCGUUCGAAGUGCGCCAAACUUCUACAUGCCAUUGGAAAAAAGAGCACCGAUGAUACUCGUUGGCCCAGGUACCGGGAUUGCCCCGUUCCGUGGAUUCUGGCACCACAGACUUUCAGAAAUGAGACUCGCCAGAGACGAAACAGUAGGAAAAAUGUGGUUGUUCUUUGGCUGUCGGCAACGGGAUUUAGAUUUGUACAGAGAGGAAAAGAAUGCAAUGCUUAAAGCUGGUGUACUGGACAAAGUAUUUCUCGCAUUAUCGCGCGAGCCUGGAGUAAAGAAGACUUACGUUCAGGAUUUAAUUCAAGCAGAGGCUUCUCAGAUAUUUGAGAUGCUAGUACAUGAGCAAGGCCAUUUUUAUGUGUGUGGUGAUUGCACAAUGGCAGAGGACGUUUAUCAAACUUUGAAACAGAUUAUUCAGACACACGGAAGGCUCAGUAAUAAGGAAGUUGAGGCUUACAUGUUAUCCUUGAGGGAUGAAAAUCGAUACCACGAGGACAUAUUUGGUAUAACUCUACGUACUGCUGAAGUGCACAAUCGAUCGCGAGAGACAGCGAGAAUCAGAAUGGCAUCAGAACCAUGAAGAAAGUAAUGAAACUAAUUAAAUCUUGCACUUUAGUAGACUUAGAGAUAGGAAAAUUUUACGAUAAUUAUAUCAAAUCUCUUUCUGCAUAUCUUACAAGAAUGUUAUAUUUCAAAUAAUAAAUUACAAUCUUUGAAUCUCAA